AUGGAUCCGGGCCAGCUGUCUGCCGUCAAACAGGCUGCAAGGGAUCGAAAUGCUGGACACUACAUCAAUCCACAACCCUCGGCCCAAUUGGAGAGCGACAUAACGGCUGGUGUAUGUGGAUUUUCUGCUUAUCUGGGAACCGGGCCAGUUGGUGGGCUGAUGAUGGUGGUUUGCGAUACCUGGAACUCCCCGAAGCGCACGACAGAAAAUGAGGGGAAUGGAUGCACAAUGCCUUACUGUGACAACGCAGAAAGCCCGAUUGCUCUUGCGUGCGGCCACCAUUACCACAAGGAAUGCAUCUCUCCGUGGCUGCGCAAGAGGCUUCACUGCCCGCUAUGUCGCGGAGAAGUCACCUAUGAGUUCAAGACCGAACUCACCGGCGAUUUUGAUUUUGAAGCUUUUCAACGGAAGAUGUUUGCCUUCCUCAGAUUGAUAUAG